GGGGCGAGGGGGCUGCGGACGGGAGCAGGGCCCCGCUGGGCCGGGUGCUCCCGGGUCCCUCAGGGCCCGGUUCUCGCCUCCCGCAGGCCGGCCGGCUCCAGAGGCUGUUCGGGACAGAGGGGGACCUGGAGGAUGAGGAUUUCCUCUCGGCCGUGGAGGACGCCGAGAACCGGUUCCUGCCUCCCGGAGCCGCACCCCCGGGCCCCGGCACCCCCGGAGCUCCGCCCCUGCAGCACCGCCCCUGCCCCGCGCUGCGGCCCCUGCCCGGGGGCUGCCGGAGCCCCCCGGGCCCCGAGCGCGGGGAGCGGCCCCCGCGGGGAUCGGGGGCUCCCAAGAGGCCGCGGGAGGGAGCGGGGCCGGGCCCCCCCCCGGCAGCGCCCAGGCUGGGGCUGCGGCCCAGUGCGGCCGGGCCCUGCCCCAUCCCGAUGGGAGAGCCCCGGAGCUGCAUCCCCGCACCCAGGGCUCCAUCCCCGAGGCCUUUCCAAGCCCCCCCGCGCCAGGCGGGAGCAGGGAGCCCCUCCGUGGAGCCACGGGGGCCGCAGCCCCCCCAGCGCCCCCCCUGCCCCUCGGCGCUGCAGAGCCCGGUGGUCACCAACCACCUGGUGCAGUUGGUGACAGCGGCCAGCAAAGCACCGGGGGCUGCCCCCCGGCCCCCAGCGCAGGGCAAGGCCCGGCGGUUCCCGGGGCCCGCUGGGAUCCUGCCCCAGCAGCACACUGGGAAGCUGCUGGAGGAGAUCCUCAUUUCUGCUCCCCAAACUCCGUGCCACGGGGCCAUGGCAAAGCCGCGGACAGAGGCCGUGCCCAGCUCCUCGCUGCCCACAGAGGAGGAUUUCGGGAAGGGGCCCUGGCUCGCCAUGAAAACAGAGCUGGAGCUGGAUGAGAGGGACCCCGGCUGCUUCCUCCGCACCUACAGCGUGAUCAUGGUGCUGCGGAAGGCAGCCUUGAAGCAGCUCCCCAGGAACAAGGUCCCCAGCAUGGCCGUGAUGAUCAAGACCCUGACCAGGACCAACGGCGAUGCCGCUGCUGUGUUCCGGGACGCAACCGGGGAGAUGCAGGGCACGGUGCAUCGCCUGCUGCUGGAGGAGAGACAGAGCGAGCUCCGGCCCGGCUCCGUGCUGCUGCUGAGGCAGGUGGGUGUCUUCUCCCCAUCCCACCGCAACCACUACCUCAACGUCACCCCCAGCAACCUGCUCAAGCUCUACCCAGCAGAGCCCGAGGGCAGCUUCUCGCAGCCAUCCCCAGCACAGCAGGAGGUGAGGGGGGAGCUGGUCCCAGCGCACCCCACGGAGCCCCCCCGGGGUGUCCCUGCCCCUGGGCACCUGGGGGGGCACUCGAGGCCCCCCAGCACAGCGCAGGCAGGGCAGGAGGAGCCAGAGGGAGCUGGAGGCUCUGAUGUGGAUGACCUGGACGGGCUCCUGGGGGAGCUCCCGGACGAGUUCUUCUCCGCCCCAGCCCAAGCUGACUGCUGCUGA